CAUUACUCAUUGAAGUCUUAUGGCUGCGAGUUCCGCCAAUAACCCUGGAGAAAUGGUCAGAACACCAAGAACUAAUUUUGAUGGAAGGCUUAGUCAAGUACAAGCACAUCAUCCGUACAUGAAUCAAGCAACACUAGAAGAAGAAGACGGUGUACUUGUGAACGACGAGGUAGACGAUUACUUCAGUCCUGAUGAAACAUACUCUGGGGAGGAAUUUGAAUUAGAUUCUAAUGAUGGAUUAAACGACUAUUGUAAUAAUUCUGAGGAUGAAACUGACGACAAACAAUUUCAAUAUAUCAAUGUUGGAAAUGGAAUAAGAGUUAAAACAACAGAAAAACUAAAGGAGGCUUUAGAUUACUAUAAAACAACCGUUUGGAGCACAGCAGACCGAAAUAAAAACUUAAAACCACCAAGUAAUAAAAGAAAUGAUAAGUUUGCGUCAAAUAUUUAUAAAUUUUCUACAACUUCAACAAAAAAAGCUGUGCAAAAUAUCACCAAUGCUGACGAAAAGAAAUAUAUGAAGAAAAAGCAGUGUUCAUUUUCUUUAGUUCAUAAACAUCAUGGAAAAGUUUCCUUCCAGGUCCCAGUGGAUGAAAGCAAGUUUCCCAUCAAGGAUAAAGAUAUAAAUACUUACUGGGCAUGGGUGGAAAGGGGUACAGAUAACUGGAUGGCCAUACCAGCAUCUUUGAGGAUACAAAGACCUGACCAGGAAUAUGCAAAGCAAUCUUUAAAUUCCAAAACAUUGGUGGCAUCUGUCAGCGACAAAAUCAGAUUAAAUUAUGAAAAAUCACAAUUCAAAAAGCCCAUACAUUUAUUUGGAACACUCAAUUGUAAUGAAGAAAGCGGAUCUGAUUUUGAGGAGUUCGAUAUUAAGGUUGUCGGCUACCAAGACGAUAAACCUUCUAUUCUAGAUACAAUAACAGAAAAGGUGACAGCUGGAAGAUUUACAGGAUCAUUGGAAGGUUAUGAUGGGGGAGCUUUAGUUGCAAUUAAACGUGGACAGAAGGAAAAUGAUAAGUUUGCAGAAAUGUUAAAAAACGAACUGAAUUUAUUUUACGGAAAUAGAAAGGUGUGCAAAGUUUUAUUGUUCUAUAUCUCGAAAGAUAAUACAACUUUAUAUUUUAAAGCUGAAUGUUGUAUGCAGGGAAAUGUAGCUGACAUUAUUGCUAAAAAUAAGGAACACAAACUAGUUUUCAAAUCUUUGGAUAUUUUACUACCUCCCCAUCAACGGAUUCGAAUUCGGCCAACUGGUUGUUUAGGACUGAAACCUGAAAUAAAAAAUCAUCCAUUUCUGUUCUUCAUGUAUAUUACAAAAGAGAAUAACACGUUGUUUCCUGUUGAGUUAAAUAGAGGAAUGGGCAGAUCAACGAAUGCUAUUAUAGAAUUUUCAGCUGACAACCAAAGAAGAGGAGAAAUUACAAAAGCUGACUUCAGUUUAGAUUUUCUGUCAAGUGUGAAUCAAAGACCAACUUUGAGUCGAGCAAACUCGACACUAAGUGAUAUCUUUAGACCACAACCCCGCUCUUCCACAAAUACCAGUGGUUCAAAAAACAAUGUUUAAUUCUUCUUUCGAGGAAAUCAAACGUCUGUGUAUUAUCAGGAAACAAUGUAAACACUCUUACUUCUAGUGUAGACAAACAUAAAUCUACUAACUUAUACAAAUUUUAUUGGAUGAUGGUUGCUUUAAAACGAUAACGAGAUAGACUCAUUGACCAUGUAUUCAUGGUGUAUUUGGGCCUGUUGACUAUCUGUACAUUUUUAUUGAAAGUUACAUGAAUAUAUUACUCAUAUAUCUAAGUAAUCGCCAUUCAGUAGUUUAUCAACCAGAAUUUUCCUUUGAGAAGUUGACUUGUAUGUUUCCAUAUACUGUUUGACUAACUUUAAAAACAGCACAAGUUUACUAAUAAGUUCCGCACAACAUGGUCUUGAAACAAAUAAGUUUAAUUAUUUUAAUUCUCAAACCCAUCAUUCAUCAUUUUUAAUUUACAUGUUUUUUUUAGAAAGCUACCGUAAAAUCCAAAGUUGACAUUUCGUAAUUGAGAAGCCGCAGUGUUGACUUGCUGAAAUCAGUAAAUAUGCGAAACAUGUAAUAGAAUGGAAAACAAAACAAAUUCUACCACAAAAAUCAAUUUGAAUACAAUAUUAUACAAA